CGGAGGCAGUCGACAGCCGAAACACGAAGGAAAGAGAUAAUCAGCAAUCAGCCGCAAAGACUCCCAAACCAGAGAUUCAUUCCCCGACACCUACAGUCUUCAACCCCAUCGCCAGGUUUUAAAAAGGAAUCGACAUGGCUGAGGAAGAAAAUCAUAAGGAGGCGGUGCAGGAGGAGGCAACCGCCCAGGAGGAAGUCAAGGAUGAGGCUGGGGAUAUUGCCCCCUUUGAUCCCACAAAGAAGAAGAAAAAGAAGAAAGUUGUAAUUCAAGAUCCUGCUGAUGAUCCUGUGAGUGAGUUGGCUGAAAAAACUGAAAGCCUAUCAGUUUCUGAUGGCCUUGAAACUACAUUUGCGGGUUUGAAAAAAAAGAAGAAGAAACCUGCACAUACAGAUCUAUUGAAUGAUGACAAGGAAAACACAGGAGAUGAGUUGGAUGAUCAAAUCGGAGAGGAUGAAGAAGCUGAAGGAAUUGUUCUGCAACACUAUCCAUGGGAGGGAAGUGAUCGAGAUUAUGAAUAUGAAGAGCUUCUGGGAAGAGUUUUCAACAUUCUUCGUGAGAAUAAUCCUGAGCUUGCUGGAGACAGGCGGAGGACAGUAAUGCGGCCUCCUCAGGUUCUUCGUGAAGGCACCAAGAAAACUGUUUUCGUGAAUUUCAUGGACCUCUGCAAAACGAUGCAUAGGCAACCAGAGCAUGUCAUGACUUUCUUGCUGGCUGAAAUGGGUACAAGUGGGUCACUUGAUGGACAGCAAAGGCUUGUUGUUAAAGGAAGAUUUGCGCCUAAAAAUUUUGAGGGCAUCUUGCGGCGAUAUGUCAAUGAAUAUGUCAUUUGCAAUGGGUGCAAAAGUCCUGAUACAAUCCUUUCAAAGGAGAACAGGCUCUUCUUCCUUAGAUGUGAAAAGUGUGGUUCUGGAAGGUCAGUUGCUCCAAUUAAAGCAGGAUUUGUUGCUCGUGUUGGUCGCCGGAAAGCUGGAACUUGAGUUGGCUUGUUAAUGUUCGGCUGGAAGGCUUUUCUGAAAAAUUUUGAAGUCUGUCUAGUUAUCUUGUUUGAGUAAAUUCAUGUUAUGAACAUUUGAAUCUUGCUUUUUGAGAAGAAAUGUUAUUGUUAAAUAUAUAUAUAUACAGCGUGCGACUUUAAUAUGCUA